AUGGCGCACAUAUUGGCUGAAGCAGAUGUCAUUUUAGAUGGCUAUCGACCUGGCUGCAUGGAAAGAUUAGGAUUUGGUCGACAAGCUGUUCACGAAAUGGCUCUAAAAAGAGGUAAAGGCAUUGUUUAUGCUCGUGAGAAUUGUUACGGUUGGGCUGGUCCAUGGUCUCUACGUUCUGGCUGGCAACAGAUCAGUGAUUGCGUGACUGGUGUUGCUUGGUUACAAGGAAAAUUUUUAGGUCUCAAUGAACCCGUCUUACCACUUCUUCCAAAUUCUGAUUAUCAAACUGGAAUAGUUGGUGCAAUUGCUAUUGUACAAGCCCUACAUAAACGUGCUCAUCAAGGAGGCUCAUAUAACGUUGACGUUUCACUCAAUCAGUUCAAUAUUUGUCUAAUUCUUAUUUUCAUAACUUCAUGUCAUACAUCAUCAUCUGACUGUGAUAUACAUUCUAAUCAAGAUGAUACUCCAUUUAACAUUAAAGUUCAGCAAUCACCUUUAAUUCUAAUUGGAACUUCAUUAAAUAAAAAUAUUGAUAUUAAUAUUCCAAAUUUAUUUAAUGUCACAUUUCUAGUUCGAUGUAUUUUAAAAGGUCCCCCAACACAACGUAUUAUUCGUAUUGUUCAAGCAGGUUCACUUCUUGGUCGUCGCUCGUGUCAAAGAUUUGAUGUCAAUCGAGAAUAUAUUGCUUUUCUUGAACCAUUUUUCGAUGGAACUUAUCGACCAGUUGAUUUAGAUGAGAUUUCAUAUAAUAAUCAAAUAAAUUUAUUACUUGAAAAAACAUGUGGUCUUUCACGAAUGUAUCCAUUCACGGAAUUGAAUGAUACUGAAGCACGAUUGACUAAUAAAUGCCCAUCAGCUGUUUCGAUUGAUUGUCCACUAGAAACAUCAACAACUUCUAUUACAACAACGAUUAGUACAGUUUUAUCGACGACGACAACAACAAAGGAUUCUAUAAUGUUUGGGAAAAGCACGAUUGAUUUUGCAGCAUUAUCACUUCUUCUAGCUGAACAUCAACGUCAAAACUUGAAUUUAACUUUUUUACAAGGUCAAAAUCAUAAGUCGCUUUUUUCGGAUGAUGUAGCACGAAAAAAUCAAGCUAAUCGAUUUUCAUUUAUGAUUAUUAUCAGUUUAAUCCAGAUAAUUUUUUCUAGUAUUCUUCAUCUUUUUCUGUAG